AGUCCCUCGGCUCUUGCUCACUGGGGUAGCUGGGACCGUUAGCUCGCCAGGCUGGCAAGCUGCGGGGUCCAGCUCUGCGGUCGGCCGGGAUGGAGACGAUGCGAGCACAGCGGCUGCAGCCCGGCGUAGGUGUCGGCGGGAGAGGCACUCUGCGAGCGCUGCGGCCGGGGGUGACCGGGGCCCCGACUAGCGCCGCCACACCCCCAGCAGGCCCGCCGCCCGCCCCGCCGCCCCCCGCCCCGCCCCCGCCGCCGUUGCUCCUGGCUGGGGCCCCCGGGCUGCCCCUGCCCCCCGGCGCUUCGGGGAGCCCUGCCGUGCUGCGUGAGGCCGUGGAGGCGGUGGUGAGGAGCUUCGCCAAGCACACGCAGGGCUAUGGCCGAGUGAAUGUGGUGGAAGCUCUUCAGGAAUUCUGGCAGAUGAAGCAGUCCCGGGGCGCCGACUUGAAGAACGGGGCUCUGGUGGUGUAUGAGAUGGUCCCCUCCAACAGCCCUCCCUACGUCUGCUAUGUCACUCUGCCCGGGGGAAGCUGUUUUGGGAGUUUCCAGUUUUGCCCCACCAAAGCUGAGGCCCGGCGAAGUGCUGCGAAGAUUGCGCUAAUGAACUCCGUGUUUAACGAGCAUCCAUCCCGAAGAAUCACCGAUGAGUUUAUUGAGAAGAGUGUCUCAGAGGCCCUGGCGUCUUUCAAUGGAAACAGAGAAGAAGCUGACAACCCAAAUACAGGGAUUGGUGCUUUUCGAUUCAUGCUGGAAUCUAAUAAGGGCAAGUCAAUGCUGGAGUUCCAGGAGCUCAUGACAGUUUUUCAGCUGCUGCACUGGAAUGGCAGCCUCAAGGCCAUGAGGGAAAGACAGUGCUCUCGACAGGAGGUGUUGGCUCAUUAUUCGCACCGGGCCCUGGAUGAUGAUAUCCGCCACCAGAUGGCUCUGGACUGGGUGAACAGGGAGCAGAGUGUGCCGGGGGCACUGUCUAGAGAGCUGGCCUCCACUGAGCGGGAGCUGGAUGAAGCCCGGCUGGCAGGCAAGGAGCUGCGCUUCCACAAGGAGAAGAAGGACAUCCUCAUGCUGGCGGCUGGGCAGUUGGGCAAUAUGCAUUCCUCCAGCUGCUAAGCACCUGCCCUCACUACCAUGCUCAUCAGGCCCUUUUUUGUAUGUCUCCUUUCUAAGACGUAGGACGAUUUCUGUAUAUACUUUCUCAAUUUUAUACUUUUAAAUAUAGAUAUAUAUGUAUAAACUCUACACCUGGAUUCCUGUUUGCUGAGAUCCCUUUUCUAACUCCCCGUUUGGGGAUGUAGCUACCUUUGGAGUAUCACUGUUCCAGUUGAGAGCUUUGUUGGCUCCUGCACCUUCAGAUGAAGUAUAAGAGUCAUUCCUGUAGCACGGUACACUUGAUUAAGUGUCCAUGUCUCUUUUUCUUAAAAAAGCAGCCAGCCUGCCAGGUGGUGGCUCACACUUUUAAUGGCAGCACUUGGGAGGCAGAGACAGGUGGAUCUCUGUGAGUCUGAGGCCAGCCUGGUCUACAGAACAAGUUCCAGAACAGCCAAGGCUACACAGAGAAACCCUGUCUCAAAAAGCCAAAAACAAAAACAAAGCAAUCAGACAUGAGUGUGAUGACUGUAGCCAUCACCUCUGCACUCAGCAGUCUGUGAAGGAGGCCAGCCUGGACUACACAGAGAGUUCCAGGUCAGCAUGGGCUCCAGGGUGUAAAACCCUGUCUCAAACCCCUCUUGUACAUAUGAGACAACAGUCGGACAGGAGUAUGUGCUCCACCCUCACCCAUGUUUGCUUCCUCCACACUGAAACAGGGUGAGUGUGAGCUCUGGCUCGAGGUGGAAUUCUGACGAUCUCCUCCUGCUCUCUUUCCUCCUUCCUUGCCUCCAAAUGCUCCUUCGUUUGGGGGCUUCCCUACCUUAUCCAGAAGGAACAGGCAAUCUGGCUUCUUUUUGUUUUGUGAGACAUCUCUCUAAGUAAGUAGCCCUGGCUGGCCUGGAACUCCUUCUGUAGACCAGGAGAGCUUCAUACGUGUGGCAGUAUUCCUGCCGAGGUCAUGGACAUGUGUCACCAUGCCUGGCUUGGCUUUUAUUUUGAAGUCACUCCUGAGAAAAAUGCUCAAGAAAAAGAGAAUUCUAAACCCAGUUCCUAUGAAGUGAGAGGGGACACACACACACACACGACACAGACACCAGUCCCUAAACUCUUCUGGCCUUAUUGCUACCUUCCAGCCAAGCGCUUUCUGCUGUAAGAGGAGCCUAGGGUUUCGGCUGCUUACCUUUACCAUUCUGUGCCUCUUCUCUCUGCCAUCAUAUGUGGUAAGGCUACACACACACACACACACACACACUUCCUCUUCCCAUUUCAUUUUGUUUAUGUAGCCCAGGCUAGCCUCAAACUCUCCUUGCAGCUGAGAAUGACCUUGAACUCCUGAGCCUCCUGCACCCACCUCCCCUAUGCUGAGAUUACAAUGGAGUACCACCUCACCUGCCUUAACCCUUCCUUCAAUAGUUGGAAGAAGUGUUCUGCUCUUUAGAAACUGUCUCUGGUCUGUGUCUUGAGAACCAUGUUCCUCUCAGGCCCACCGAGUUGUGCUGUUUACUCUUAGAUUCUCAUUUCCUGUGUCUUCCUCCUUUCCCUCCACAUUGUCUGUGAGAACGUGAGUUGAUGAAACGUGGAUGAGAACGUGGUUCUUCCUAAGUGGAACCUUGAGCGCCUGCAGGAGAGGAAAGAGAACAAGGUACUUGUGUGUGCAGAGAGAGAUGUCCUGAAGGCAGAGCUAGGUGCUUUCGGAGACUUUCACGGAGUAAGCUGUUUCCCUUGUUUCUGUGAUCUCCGCUACACUGUAUUAUUGUUCACUUUCUAUCAUUUUAAUGCUACUAUAAUCUGACUUCCCAUUUAACAGUUGCAAUUUGUUUUUAGAUUAGGAACUGGGCCUGGUGAUGCAGGUCUGUAGUCCCAGUUACUAUAGAGGAUAAGGCAGGAAGAUCAGAAACUCAAGAUACAUCCCAGCUAGAAUGAGUUCAGAGGCAACCUGGGUAGCUUAGCAAGACUGUCUCAAAAAUAUGAAGUAAAAACAGGGCUGGGGAAUAGCUUAGCAGCAGGGUUGGAUGGGCUUGUGGGGCCUGAGUUUAAU